UCAUACGAUAGUCUCAGUAACAUUUUCUCGCAGCAAUUUACACUCGCCGAUCAAGUCUAAAAUUGUUUAACGCGAAACUGCGGGUGAGAGUUGAAGGGUCGUGUUUUCAUGUUCCCAGUAAAAUGGCGGAGACUGAGCAGUCGUCAGGCUCUUCCCAUGAGGAUGGCAAGCCUCCCAAUCCUGUCGAUUUCAACUUCAUGGUGCCAAAGAAGGAGAUCAGCAUGGUGCCUGAUAUGGGCAAAUGGAAAAGAUCACAGGCAUAUGCUGACUACAUAGGAUUCAUUCUGACCCUGAAUGAGGGGGUGAAGGGAAAGAAACUUACAUGUGAAUACCAGGUGUCUGAGACCGUGGAGAAGCUGCUUGCUAUGUUGGGAACAUUAGAUCGCUGGAUCGAUGAGACACCACCAGUAGACCAGCCUUCUCGCUUCGGCAAUAAAGCUUACCGCACAUGGUAUGCUAAACUAGACCAGGAGGCAGAGGCUUUGGUCACAGCCGUUCUGCCGUCAGAGCGUCAUGAUGCUGCUCCAGAGAUCGCAGUCUACCUGAAAGAGUCUGUGGGCAACUCCACCAGGAUUGACUAUGGCACAGGUCAUGAGGCGGCAUUUGCUGCGUUCCUCUGCUGUCUUUGUAAGGUGGGAGCUCUGCGCAUGGAGGACCAGCUGGCCAUCAUAUUUAAAGUUUUUGACAAGUAUCUGCAAGUGAUGCGCAAACUGCAGAAGACGUAUAGGAUGGAGCCGGCAGGGAGUCAGGGUGUGUGGGGUCUUGACGAUUUUCAGUUCCUUCCCUUUAUAUGGGGGAGCUCACAGCUUAUAGACCACCCAACCCUGGAGCCCAGACACUUUGUGGAGGAGAAGGUCGUAAACGAGUACCACCAAGACUACAUGUUUCUGGAGUGCAUUAAAUUCAUCAAUGAGAUGAAAACAGGCCCUUUUGCUGAACACUCGAAUCAGCUUUGGAACAUCAGCGCUGUUCCUUCUUGGUCCAAAGUCAAUCAAGGUCUCGUAAGAAUGUAUAAAGCGGAAUGUCUAGAAAAAUUUCCCGUCAUCCAGCAUUUCAAGUUUGGCAGUCUGCUCUCCAUCCAGCCAGUCAAACCAUGAGAGACAAGAAAAAGAAUUUGCACCUCACCAACUUUGGACAAAACCGCUUCAGUCCCAGUUAACAAACCUAAAUAUGCAUUCUCAUCACCAGAGGGGCUUGGUCUUACUCCUGAAGAUCCGCUUUCCUGGAGAGUUCAGUCCCAAACCUGCUCUAAUACAUCCAAGUAAACCUGAAGACCUAGAUUAUCUGGUUCAGGAGUAUUUGAGUUGAGCUGAACUAAACUCUGCAGGACAGUAGAUAUAAACAAACAGCCCUGCUCUUCACAAUCUACUAGUUGUGCAUAUGACAUCCCACUUCUGAUAUUCCUCUUAAGUGAAGCAAUUAGUCUGAAUGGUUUUAUUUAUCUAUUCCCUGCAUUGCAGGAAGUUGAACUGCUACUUAGACACCUGCAGUGAGCAUUCUCAAUGCAGUUAUCCACAUACAUUUUCAUCUGUAUUGGCAUUUAUAUAUAUUUAUGUGUAUAUAAAGAAAGAUGAAUGGUUGAA